AUGUCGGGAGCCCGUUAGCUUGGGCCUGAAUGCUGCAAGGCAUCAUGGGAGCGGCCUUCAGAAGCCACCCUCAGGCGCAAAGCUUGCUGGGAAUGGUCCUGCUAGGGGAUUGGCCUGGCUUAGCAAGAUGGAUCCUGCAAACUCCCAGCAGCCACCAGCAGUGCUUCUUUCUAGCCACCCGUCGCCCUGCUCCAUUCUAAACAGAACUGUGUGCUGGAGCCAGAGCAGAACCUCUGGCUGGCCACCGGAAGUGUCACACAGAAUGCCGUGGAUGAGGCAAAACCGAGUGCUAGUUAACUCCAUCGGUAUGCAGCGGCCCCGCUGCCGGCCUGCAACCCUUGCUUUCAAACGGCACCUGGAGAAUACAGAUCAGGAACCCAGGUCUAAACACUUUCUCUCAGAGGACAAGAUGGCUGCCCGCUUUAACUCCCUCAGCUUGGACAAUGAUCAUAUGUACAGUUCCAAUGGCUUCCCGGUCCAAGAGGAAGACCCCAAGUGGCAGCAGGCUUAUACACGAUUGAAAGAACUGCAGCGCAGGCUGUCCCAGGAUAGUAUAAAUGAAGCCAGUUCAACAGAAGAAGAAAAUGAGGAUGGUGAUGUAGUUGUGGAUGGGGAAUUCAUUAUGCCAGACUGCACCCAGCUGAUGCUUCCUUCCGUCUUCCAAGAGUCACUUGGAGGGGUCAGUCUGGAAGCAUUACUUUCUCUGAACCCUUGCUCAGAAGUCGUCCUAUGGAGCCCACCUGGAAACUCCGUAUUGCACACCAUCCGGAUGCUGAUGGCUACCCCGUCUUCUUUCGGUGCUUCCACGCAACCGGAGCAGGAAGUGGGGGUGACACAAGAGGAAAUGGAAAUCUGAGCUUUUCACCCAUCUGAUUCUACUGCUUGAAGCAAUGCACUAAUUUCUUACUGGCAGGCUUAUCAAGACUUUCAGCAAAUGAUGCUAUUAUUCAGCCUCAAACAUUUUACUCCUGUUCAGCAAUAUUGAACGUUUUCAGAAGAUUGCAAUAAUCGGAUAUUCUUCCCCUUCUACUAGGCGUAAAUCAUGGGCAACUGUUUGUAUUGUUCUUUUUUUAAUAGGGAUCUAGCCAAUACCUAAUAAGGGUGCCCAAAGGUGCUUGGACUUAAUUUACAGUCCCUGUGUCACAUUUUUAUACAGCGGUUCUGCCAAGGAGCUCAAAGCAGGGUAAGUGGUUGUCCCCUCUUCCAUCCAUUUUAUCCUUCACCCUUCUAUGGCAGGUUAGGCUAAAACAUGGCUAACAAAAGAAAUGCC